UAACAUCUCAUCUUAAUACUCAUAUACUUUCAUUCAUAUUAAUAUAAACUUACACUACAAAACACAAUUGUGUGUAAAAAUUGGAUUUGAAAACCUUAUUAUAGUUAAUAUUUUUUAAAUAGUCUAUUUAUUAUCAAAGUUUUGGAUUUGAUCAGUAAGAAACUUGUUUUUAAACCCUAAACCCCAAGUCGUCGGAAUUCGGUCAGAAUAUACCGAUGGAAUUCCGACGACCUGCCCCAUUCCGACGGAUAUAUGUUCGUCGGAAUUCCGUCGGUUUGUUAGUUUCCCGAAAUUACAAACCGCGUGAAAAUUUCGAGUGGACCGCGUGAAUAUUUCAUUAAACCGCGCAUUUAAUAUUUUAUUCUUUUUCCGACGACAUACCGACGGACACGGGUCCGUCGGUUCCUUUAAAUAAAAACCAAUCCUUCUUCCUUCUUCACUAUUUUCGCCUCUAUCUCUAAAUCCUCUCCGUUUUCUCUCUCUUCUCCGGCGAUUCUCACCGCGAAUCCGGCGUCCCCACCUCCGUGAAUCCAUCCCACCAUGUCUGAUGAUUCGAGUGCUCGUCAGCGUGCCCGACCUCGUCGUUCCGCACCCCGUGGCCGAGCUAGUUCGGUGAGCAGUUCCCGUGCAUCGGGUUCGUCGUCUCACGAACAAAACUCGGUUCCUGUCGCUCCGGCUCCCGCUCCGGCUCCCGCUCCGGCUCCCGCUCCAGCUCCUGCAGCCGCUCCACAUGACCCGGGGGUCAUGCCAGUUGAAAUAUUGGUUCAACAACCAGGUCGAGAGCAUCUCCCGUUUCUCGAACAAUACCCACGAAUGGGACACUCGACUUGGUUCAACAAGUCGACCAGUGGGAUUAGCGGGAGCAUCACCCAGAUGAUGUAUUCGAUGCUCCAGACGGGAUAUGACAAGUGGACUUCGAUCCCUUCCGCGGAAUGCGAGUUGUGGUUUCGUCAGUUCGCGCAAGAAUUUACUUGGGACUCCGGCCUGACGGAAACAGUCCGUCAGGCAUUCAGCCGCAAAGCCCAGACCGUCUACACGAAGCAGAUCUACGAGUGGAAGCAAGUAUGGCUGGAUGAGAGGAAGCCCCGGUUACUUAGCGGGACGGUGUGGACCCAAUUGAUCCAGCACUGGGAGAAGGAAGAGACUAUAGAGAAGUCUCUACAGAACUCCGCCAACCGGAAGAGCGAUCGUGGCGGGAAAGGUAUUUACGUGCACAACCUCGGCGCUUGCAAUUCAAGAAAACGAUGGUAA